CUACUAGUGUACUACUGAGUACUGGAAGACAAAAAGAAAAGGCCAUUCCUUAGACUAGAGUAUUUCCGUUGGCGUUCGAAUGCGAUGGAUUUCUUCAAAAGCGGUCCUUCUUGGCUGCCAGUAGCAGUGGGUGGUGGUGCUGUUGUGCUUUUGGCUGGUGCUCUUCUGUUCCGCAAGGGAUCAAAGAAACCGUUUGUACUGAGUGACGACUACAAGGAGAAGGAUGUCGUCUAUUUGUUCCAUUUCGGACGAGUUCCGUCAGGACCAGACCCGUCAUCAUUCUGCGUCAAAAUGGAGACUUUCCUACGAAUGAACGGCAUCAAAUACAAGGCGAUUACUACUCAACAGAUGGGACCAAAGGAUAAAAUGCCCUACAUCGCCUACAACGGACAGGUGAUCAGUGAUUCGGAUUUCAUAGUAGAUUUUCUGAUCAAAGAGCUGCAGCUGAAGUGUGACAGUGAUUUGGAUGAGUCUCAGAGAGCAGUGGGUCACGUGACUUGCCAGAUGCUGGAGGAGAACACCUACUGGGCGCUGGUGCACUUUCGCUGGGUGCAGGAGUUGGACAGACUGCCAUAUGUGUUGACCCGGUCGCCGAACUUCUUUCUGCGUCUGCUCCUGCGCUACCUGGUAGCACCCAGCGUGGCAAAGUCAUGCUACUUGCAGGGCAUGGGUCGGCACAGCGUCGCCGAGAUCAACCAGAUAGCCGAGAGAGACCUGCGCAGCCUGUCCACGAUUCUAGGCAACAAAUCAUACUUGUUGGGUGAUGCACCCACGUCACACGAUGCCGCCGUCUUCGGUAUCACCUCGGUGCUCGUGUAUGGCGCUGAGGGUAGCGCUAUGAAUACCCUCAUUACGACAGAACUGCCGAAUGUGCUCGAUCACUGCCGGCGUAUGCGUGAGCGCUGGUUUGCCGACUGGGACGAUCUCUGUGCCCAGGCCAUGUGAUGCCCAGCGCUGACAUUGCCUUGUCUCAUUUUUUUUUAAGCGUUACGUGGUGCACAGUGCGUGCCCUCUAGCUACUAUUAGGUUGUGUAUGUGUGUGUGUGCACGCGACUGUGUGUGUGUGUGUGUGCAUGUGCGUGGGCGAGCAUGCAUCUGUGCGUGUGUCUGUCCAUCUGUGAAAGAUGCCGCCGUUCUAGCAACGCAGUACCGAGAUUGUUGAAAGUACAAGUACGUUUAUUUUUAGUCUGGCUGCUUAAACUACUUGUCCGCACCAGGUUUAUGUCCAUUCACAUUGUCCAGACUUUGCGUUACGUCAGAACUGGAACCUCCGAGAAGGACAUGUGGCCCAUGUGUGCUGCUUGUGUCCGCGGUUGUGAUCCACCAGCCGUGUCUCAAUCUAGGCUAGAUAGUUUAGUGUGCUUUCUUACAGAUUCCUUGUAGGGCUGAAACGAUUAUACCGAAUAAUCGAGUACUCGUUUGAUAACUCUAACGAUCGAGCAAUCGUUUAGAUUACCGAUUACGAUUAUUUUUUACGUUUUUUUAAUUUGUGUCAAGAAAGUACUGUAAACCCUCGUUUUUGGGUAUGCAUGGUUCAUGUUCUGAGGUUAAAAUAAUUGACUUCAAAACUGCCAUGUUUCGGAGCUACCCUUUCACUAAUGCAGAUUUGUUGGUAUUAUGAAGGCAUAGUUUGUGGAAACAGAGUAAUGUUUGCGCAGAACUAUGACUCUAUUUGCUAACGAUUAUAAUCGAUUACUCGAUCGUUAAGCUAAAGAGUAAUUGAUACUUGAAAAUCCACGAUCGUUUCAGCCCUAAUUCCUUGUGAUAUUCUUCUUCAAAUUACUUCUAGUUUUGUCUUUACCACUCCUUUUACCACUCCUCUACUCUUUUUACCACUCCUCUACUCUUUACCACUCCUCUACCACUCCACUCCUCUACUCUAGGCUGCAUGCAUUACCAUGCUGUUGCUGUUGCUGUCACUGCUCUAGUAAUCCUUGUAACUGCCCCCAAUGUACGAGGUGAUUCGUCAUUAUUUAACACGAAAGUAAAAUAGCCUUCCGUAGGGUUCGAGGUGUGAAUCUUUCCAUUUCGUCCUCUAAAAAUGUAAUACUGAUGUCCUUGGAUUGCA